AUGGAGCAAAUUUUGGACGCCUCCUUGCGGGAUUGGAAGUUGGAUCUUCUGCAAGGAGAGUUCCGCCACAACCCAGAGAACGGGGACGACGUCCACAUCCAUCUGAAAACGAAUGAGUUAUGGCGCCCCGUUAAACGAUUGGGAAGCGGUGCUUUUGGAGAGGUCUGGCAGCAACAGUGUAUACGGGAAGAAUCUGUUACCGAGCUUCGUGCCGUUAAAAGAAUCCGUAAGCCGCACACAGGCUUUCUCGAGUCAUCGCAGCGAGAGAUUCAGGCACUCGCUACAUUUUCCAGCCACAAGAAGCACCAGGAUCGGUCCAAUAUUGAUGACCAAUAUGAGCGACGGUUUGUUCAGUUUCUCGGCUGGUAUGAGGAUGCCAACUACCUAUAUCUCGCUAUGGAGUUUUUAGAGUGUGGAAGUCUUCAGAGGUUUUUCGAAGUGAGAAAGGCGCCUUUUGAAGAAGAAGAAGCAGCUACGAUCAUUCAACAGGUUGCAGAAGCCUUGCAAUUCAUACACAGCAAGGAUUUCAUCCACAGAAAUCUCAAGCCUUCGGUAUUUCUCCACCUGGCCAAGUCCCCCGAGAUGAUGGACUCGAAAAACUACACGUCAGCGGUCGAUGUGUGGGCGUUGGGUGCUGUGGCCUUCUAUUUACGGACUGGUCAUACUCCAUUUGCCACCUGGGAGGCCUUAAGACAGUACCGUGCGGGUCAGAAGGACUUUCCGAGCCGCGUGUUGGGCGUAUCAACUGGCUUCUGUAUUGAUUUCGUCCUGGGGGCUAUGCGCCCGCUUCCGGAAACGAGGUUGAGUAUUCAGCAGGUUUUGAGCCAUGAAUGGCUUCACAUGAAAGAAACGUAUAGAAAUUUGACGGCUCCGUCGCUAUUAAACAAACCGCUUCCUACACUGAGCAUGGUGAACAGGUCAACAGCCACCAGCAGUGCGCCCACACCCAAUACGCAAACCAACUCUACGCGAACCAGUAUAACACGUAACCAGAACGGGAGGGUGACGGGGCAUGAAGCUGAAGUGGUGAAUCAGGAGCAGCCGAGAAUGAAAGAGGAGACAGAGGAGAGAGAGCAGCAGCGACUGGCUGCUGAGUCAACAAACAAGAAAGCACCAGAGGGGCAAAACAAGCGACAAAGGGAGUUGUCGUUUUUCUGGAAGAAAAAGGAAGAAGAGGAGUUGAAGAGACAGGAAGAGCUGAGACGGAGGCAGGAAAUAGUCAAGAGGGAAGAAGAGGAGGCGGAAGAAUUGGAGCGACAAGCAGAGCUCGAGCGGGAACGAAAGGAAAAAGAAGAGCUCGAGCAAGCGCGAGUAAAGCAAGCGCUUUUGCAGCAGCAGCAGCAGCAGCAACAACAACAACACCAACAACAAGAAAGGGACAAACGGGCAAGAGAAGAGUCUGAAGACGCGACAGAACCAGAACCAAAACCCGACGCAGAGAGGAUCAAGCGGGUGAAGAAGGAGCUUAAAACUAUCUGCAUGUUAUGCGGCGAGAAAUUCCAGCAUUUUGGCCAGCUGUCUAGGCAUUUGAAUACUGAAAGGCAUAGGAUGCCCAAGGAAUACUGGGGAGCAGGGAUAGGACACAGGGAGUUCUCGGAUAUAGAUGCUCUUGAAGCGCUUAGAGGACCGUUGGAGUAG